AUGAUUAACUUGCUUGGAUCGAAGUUGAGAGCCAUGAGUUCUGAAUACAGUCGACCCGAUGAUCAAUUGCCAUCUGCGCUGAUCGAUAACGUGGCUGGCAUAGAUAUUUCUACCGACGGAAAUUACGAGAGGAGGUUCUUUGACGUUACUAACGAUGACUUCUCCUCAGAUGGUUACGACGACGACAGUGGCCCUGACGACAUUAGUAUUUGCGAGAGAGAUGCAACCCCCGAUUUGGGAAAGGGAACCAUUACUUUAGCCUUUACUUUCAAACAAGGCGUUAUAGUUGCUGUUAAUCAUCACUCAAGUGAAUCUGUGGAGAACGUUAUUAAUCUUAGUAGUUCCAUCCUUCUUGCUUUUGCUGGAGAGAUGGAGGACUGUAGAUCCUUUCUCAGAGAUCUCCAAUGCAAGUACCAGGAACAUGAAAUUUCAAAGGGGGGAAUAGUUUCUGUUGAAGAGGCAUCAGAGUGGGUGGCUGACUAUCUAUGUUCAUCUAGCAGUGAGAAGGGGCCUAGGUUGUAUGAAGUGGAUGGUGAGGGUAAGCUGUUUGUAGGAGGCCUUAUUGCUAUUGGAUAUGGUUCAGUAUUUGCUGAGUGUGCAUGCGAAACCAGGGGUUUCCGCAAUAAUAAGUCUGAUGAGGACGCUAUAAAGUUUGCAAAGGAGACUAUUCGCUAUGCUCUAUCUAUGGUUAAACGCUACUAUGAUAAUGGACAAAAUGGUGGUUUCAUUAGUGGUUUCUAUGUUGGAGCUGAUGGGUGCAAGAUGGUCAUUGAUAAGGAAGAUGUAGGAGAAGUUGUGACUAAAGACGCCGAUAUAGAAGAAGAUGUCGGAGAAGAGAUGCAGGAGAGCUUUUGA